AUGGGGUCUGCUGAACAUCAUAAGCAUCGGCCCAUCUCAGCUCCAGUCAUUCAACCACCUCCUUGCUAUACCGACUCGCAAUGCGACCUUCAAGCCCACCCCCAUGCAUCUCCUCCUCCACCAGCUUACCACCAAUCCGUGCAUCCUUCACCACAAGCAUCUCACCAUCGACUCCCUGAAUACUACUAUUCGCCAGCUUCCUCUUCCUAUCAACAGCAACCCUUCUCCACAGGAGUCUACUACUAUCAGCCCACCCCGCCACCUCAAACUGUCAUUAUACAAGAGACACCAAGCCGAACCAAUGAUGCUUGUUGUUGGGGAUGCCUGGCUGCAUUGUGCCUUUGUUUUGCCAUAGAAGAAUGUUGCUGA